UUUGUCUUCAGGAAGAAAAAUGUAUCUCUUAGAAUCCUGUGACUGGAUUUGGUAAGCGUCACAGUUAGAAGGUGAAGAAACUGAUAUGCAGUUUUUCUGCUUUGACAUAUUACUGUUGCCAUCGAGAUGGGACUCAUUUGGAGUAUCGAGGUGACAUCAAAUGAUAUUAUUAUCGCUAAUGGUGAAUCGCAAUCAGUGAUGCAUAAUUUAGUCCUGUGAUUCUCCAGGCGAUAACAGAACUUAAAUUCUGUGGAGUGCAACUGGUACAUACUAUAACUUGGUAACAAAUACCGAACGGACUUUUCUAGAGUUACACUUGGAUCUUAUUCGUGAUGUCCAUGAAGUAUUUGGAAUAUAUAUUGAUGUGAUAUUUUUUCCCUACUUUGGUUGAGUUGACCUCAGGAUGGCUUGGUCUUGCAUCAACACAGGGACAUCCAGUAUUCUGAACGGACUACUAGACAGAUUUGAACGCCCCAGCAGUCGGAACCCAGUGGUCACAGAGCAGGUACAGCCGUCCCCUAACGCUCAUACAUCCCUCCACGAUAGCCUGGGGAUAAGGAAUGGCACGGAGGCGGGGCCUCAGAACUACCAGGCCAUGGGAGGGACACCGACCCAUAGGCCACUCAUGAAGAACGAUUCACAGAGAUCCCAAAGUUCUGAUGACGUCAACAGCAGUUUAUGGAAAGGGAUGAGGAAUAUUGCCUUCACGUUAAUGGAGAAUGCGUCACAGGACGCAGAGGAAGUGGACGCUGCGGCGUCUGUUGACGUCACAGAAGGCGUCGAUUGUAAACUAGGACGCAUACAAAUAGGAUUAAGUUAUGAUUUUCAGUCUUUAACAUUAACUUUAAAAGUGAUUCAAGCGAAAGACUUAGUGGCAAAGGAUUUCACAGGAACAAGUGACCCUUACGUGAAAAUUUUACUUUUACCUGAUAAAAGACACAAGUUAGUGACAAAAGUGAAGAAGAAAAACCUUAACCCACGCUGGAAUGAAAGUUUUCUGUUCGAAGGUUGGCCUCAUAACAAAUUGUUAGAGAAGACAAUAUAUCUACAAGUUAUAGACUAUGACCGGUUUAGUCGUGAUGAUCCUAUCGGUGAAACUUACAUUCCUCUUAAUGAAGUAGAUCUCUCACAGUCUCCCAUCAUGUGGCGGUACCUUCAGCCGUGCAAGGACAGCAGGGGAAAACUGGGAGAAAUUCUACUGUCAUUAAGUUACCAGCCAGCUGUAGGCAGAUUGAAUAUUAUAGUAAUGAAAUGUAAAGAUCUCAAGGCCAAAGAUAUAACGGGAGCUUCAGAUCCCUAUGUCAAGCUCUGGUUAAAAUUCGGAAACAACCGAAUAGAGAAAAAGAAAACAUCAAUUAAAAUGCGAACUCUAAAUCCAGUGUACAAUGAGUCGUUCUUUUUUGAAAUUCCUUGGGAAAAGAUCCGGGAAGCUGCAAUAGAAGUGAUUGUGAUGGACUUCGAUAAAGUGGGAAGGAACGAAAUGAUAGGAAAAAUUGUGUUAAGCAGCAAGAGUGGUCCCUUGGAGACAAGACAUUGGAACGACAUGAUAACAAAGCCUCGCCAACAAGUCGCUCAGUGGCAUUUACUUAAAGACUGACAAAGGCUAAGGCUUAGAAUAUUCUAGUUUUGUUUGUUUAAGCAAAAUAACAUUGUAUUUUGUUGAUAGAAUAUUUAACAUUGCAAAUUUUGUAAGAUAUUGUCAUUUUAUAUGAUUAGUGAUUUGUGUUCCGUGAAGUUUGUUUUUAAUAUUAAGAUCUCACAAGAUGGGUUGCAAAAAUGGCGACGUUGUCAAAGAUGACGCGAUAUAAUGCAAUCUUUCAUCUAUGUGUUUCAUUUUAUUGAUUGAAAAGUAUAUUUAAUAAAUUCUUGAACUCCA